AUGGCACAGCUCGACUCACUCCCGGGGGAGGUCCUAGAGAACAUCCCCCUGUUCGCUCGAAACGCGCGACAUGUGGUCUUGGUGUCGCGUAAAUUCCACGCGGUCUUCACCCCUAAGCUCUAUCACACCAUGUGGUUCGAGAAAAGAACCCGGCAGAAUGACACUGGGGCACACUGCAAGAGAUGGCACCCAUUGCCCACAUCCGAUCUCGACCUCCCGGCGGUCGAAGCGCGGGUCACCUGUCCACGCAAGGUCCACCUCUGGCUUCACACACUCGGCGAGCACCGGCGGCUGCGCCAACACACGCGGUGUGUGUUCCUGAUGAGCAAUCUCGAUCUCAUGGACAACGGGGUCGGUCGCGACCAUGCCUUGGGCUGUGACGUACCCGUCUGUCGUCGGUUCGAUUGGCGCAUGCUGGCGACGCUCCCCGGACUCCAGCACUUGCGUCUUUCUCCGUACUGGAUGGGUUUCUUCGUCCAGACCCGCGAACCCAUUCCGGACUUGCAGAGCGUCAGGAUCGCGUUGCCCGUCGAGUCUCGCCAUUGGGCCCCGCCACCUCCGUGGAAUCCGCGGGUUCAGUGGGACGUGGCCGAUGUCUUGUGCCUCGCCUGCCAACCUCACGUCAAGGACGUCCGGCUGUUCGGGGGCCAGCUGAUCUGCCACGGUCCGGGCGAUCCCGAGGAGAAUUCCGAGGAAGGCUCAUCCUGCGUUCACGCGGCACAGCCCUGUCGGUCUCGGGCGACCACGCUCGCUCUCGAUGGCGUGGUGGCCCAGGGUGACGCUCUCCGCUCACUCCUCCACUCGAUGCCCCAGCUGAGGACGCUGUCCUGGCGGCGGCCGACGAAUACGUGUCACACGUGGCAGGACUGCCAGUGUGAGAGAAACAUCCUACAGGACCUUGACGUGUCACUCGCAACGGCCCAGAUCGGCCUGCACCGGCUCGAACUGGAUCUGGCCGAUCACGAGUUGGACGCGUGUUGGCCCUGGCGAUGCCCGCGAGAACGUCACAUUCUCGUCUCGCUGCCCGCCCUCGCUCGGUUGGAGGUGUUGAAGAUCGCGACGGAGCUGGUCGUCGGGCGUAGGACCUGUCCGCGGAACCCUCGAGCUCGGGAUCUCCAGACCAAGCCCACGCGCACCCUGGCCAAGCAGCUGCCGCCCAGGGUGCGCGACCUCACAUUGUCCGUCGACUCCUCACAUGCCAUGUACGAGGCGGGUUACCGAUCCAGUUUGAUCACCGGCUUGGUGGAGGAUCGAGAUCGCCUGUCCUCCCUUGAACGUGUGCUCAUCCUCGACCGCAGUGGGGAAGCUUACAACCACGACGUUUGCCGCGAGUGCUGCAUGCAGGAGGCUAGGUCCACCGCGUGGGAUGCACGGGGCGCGAGGGCCCUCUGCCGCAGAGCGGGAUUUUUCCUGACGUACCAAAGGCCCUCUGGAACUUGGCGUGACACGGCAGGACCUUGA